UGUUCAACAGAAUCUGUCUAUGACCUUCUCCCAAAGGAGCUGCAGUUACCACCUUCCAGAGAAACAUCCGUAGCAUCCAUGAGCCAAACAAGUGGUGGCGAGGCAGGUUCGCCGCCUCCGGCUGUCGUUGCUGCUGAUGCUUCUUCAGCUCCUUCCUCUUCCUCCAUGGGCGGUGCUUGCAGCUCCUUUACCACCUCUUCCAGUCCUACCAUUUACUCUACCUCAGUCACCGACAGCAAGGCUAUGCAAGUGGAGAGCUGCUCCUCAGCCGUGGGGGUAAGUACCCGAGGGGUAAGUGAAAAGCAGUUAACCAGUAACGCAGCCCAGCAGCAGCAGUCAACGCCGAAGAGACACACAGUCCUGUACAUCUCGCCACCACCCGAGGACUUACUGGACAACAGUCGGAUGUCCUGCCAGGAUGAGGGCUGUGGAUUGGAGUCAGAGCAGAGCUGCAGUAUGUGGAUGGAGGAUUCACCCUCCAACUUCAGUAACAUGAGUACCAGUUCCUACAAUGAUAACACUGAGGUGCCACGUAAAUCGCGCAAACGAAACCCAAAGCAGAGGCCAGGGAUCAAACGUCGAGAUUGCGAAGAGUCCAACAUGGAUAUAUUUGAUGCCGACAGUGCCAAAGCGCCUCACUAUGUCCUUUCUCAGCUCAGCACGGACAGCAAAGGCAGCUCAAAAGCAGGAAAUGGAGCAUCAGAGAACCAGAAAGGAGCUGGAGGGAAGAAGACCCCAAUGCUGUGUGGUCAGUAUCCAACUAAGAGUGAGGGGAAGGAGCUGAAGAUAGUGGUACAGCCGGAAACCCAGCACAGGGCUCGUUACCUGACUGAAGGCAGCCGAGGCUCGGUGAAAGACCGGACACAGCAAGGCUUUCCAACUGUAAAGCUGGAGGGUCACAACGAGCCAGUGGUGCUGCAGGUGUUCGUGGGGAACGACUCCGGGCGAGUGAAGCCGCACGGGUUCUACCAGGCCUGCAGAGUCACUGGGAGAAACACCACUCCCUGUAAAGAGGUGGAUAUAGAGGGGACGACGGUUAUUGAGGUCGGACUGGACCCAAACAACAAUAUGACACUUGCGGUUGAUUGCGUGGGAAUACUGAAGCUGAGGAAUGCUGAUGUUGAAGCUAGGAUAGGGAUCGCUGGUUCCAAGAAAAAAAGCACACGUGCUAGGCUGGUAUUUCGUGUUAACAUCACUCGCAAAGAUGGUUCAACUUUGACUCUUCAGACACCUUCUUCCCCAAUUUUGUGCACUCAACCAGCCGGAGUUCCCGAGAUCCUAAAGAAAAGCCUGCACAGUUGUUCGGUGAAGGGGGAAGAGGAGGUUUUUUUGAUUGGCAAGAACUUUCUAAAGGGAACAAAAGUGAUUUUCCAGGAAAACGUUUCUGAUGAGAAUUCUUGGAAGGCAGAAGCUGAAAUAGACAUGGAAUUAUUUCAUCAGAAUCACCUUAUUGUGAAGGUGCCACCAUAUCACGACCAGCAAAUAACCUCAGCUGUUUCGGUGGGAAUAUAUGUGGUGACCAAUGCUGGAAGAUCACACGAUGUGCAACCAUUUACAUACACUCCAGACACAUCUGGUACUCAGAAUGUUAAUGUGAAGAAGGAAAUCUCCAGCCCAGCCCAACAUUGUUGUUUUGAAGAGGCUAUAAAAGCAGUGAAGGCCACUGGUUGUAACCUGGAGAAGGUAAACAUUCUUCCUAGUGCCUUGAUAACUCCACUCAUGCCAAGCAGUAUGAUUAAGAAUGAAGAUGUGGCUCCGAUGGAAGUAAGUGCAGAAAAAAGAUCUCCCCCUGUCUUCAAGGCUUCUAAUGUGGUUGGACCAACUCAACAAACAUUGGAAAACAGUAUGUCCGGAAUAUCAACUUCUGCUUCCCACUUAGCUUCUGAAAAUGAAAACCAGCAACAAAUACAGCCGAAGGUGUUCAAUCCAGAGACACUAACUACUAUCCCAACACAGAACGUUUCCCAGCCUGGUAGCUUUUCAGCAGUCUCUACUCCAGGUCAGCUGCAGAACAGUGAUGCGUUACUGCAGCAAGCUGCGCAGUUCCAAACAAGAGAUUCCCAAACCAGGGAGGUGUUGCAGUCGGAUGGCUCGGUAGUCACUUUGUCACAAUUAACUGAUGCAUCACAACAACAGCAGUCUGCGCUCUCGGAACCAGCACAGGCAUUGCAGCAACAGAUUUCGUCAAGUAUUUUCUCAUCAGCGAGCGGCGUGAGUCAGUUACAGAACACUAUACAGCAACUGCAAGCUGGAAAUUUUCCAACUAGCACUGCUGCUGGCAGCAACAGAAACGUUGACUUGGUGCAACAGGUACUGGAAGCUCAACAGCAGUUAUCUUCUGUUUUAUUUUCUGGUUCGGAAAGCAGUGAGGAUGUUCAGGACCAGCUAAAUGCAGAUAUCUUUCAGCAAGUUAGCCAGAUACAAAAUAGUGUCAAUUCUGGGAUAUUUUCCUCAUCUGACACAGCUGUCCAUUCCAGACCAGAGAACCUUUUGCCUGGACGAGCUGAAAAUGUUCACUCACAGCCUGAAAACACGUUGUCCAAUCAACAGCAGCAACAGCAGCAGCAGCAGGCGAUGGAGACUUCUGCAGCAAUGGUGAUAGGAAUCCAACAAAACAUUUGCCAAGCUGCAACACAGAUGCAGUCUGAUUUGUUCUCUUCAACGACUUCAGGGAAUGGAGCCCUCCAACAGUCACCCGUUUACCAGCAGACUCCUCACAUAAUGAGUGGGUUAUCAACAAGCGAAGACAUGCAGAUGCAGUGUGAAUUAUUCUCUUCGUCUCCUGGUGUUUCUGGAAGUGAGACUGCUCCUACUGCUCAGCAGCAGGUCUCCAACAAUGGAGCUACUAUGUUUCAGGCGUCCAAUUCUGCAGAUGGAGAAGAAGCUUCCGGACAGAGUAAACAGAUGCAAAGUACUGUAUUUCAGACCAUGGUUCAAAUGCAGCAUAGUGGAGAAAGUCAAUCCCAAGUUAAUCUCUUUCCAUCUACCAAAAACAUGAUGACUGUUCAGGCAAGCGGAACUCAACAACAAGGAGGUGGCCUCUUCCAGCAAGGUGGAGAAAUGAUGUCUAUUCAGUCGGGAAGCUUUAUGCAGCAGUCUCCACAUUCACAAGCUCAGCUUUUUCACUCUCAGAACCCUAUUGGUGAUGCUCAGAAUAUAUCGCAGGAGACACAAGGCUCUCUUUUUCACAGUCCGAAUUCCAUUGUCCACAACCAGACCAGUACUAACUCCUCAGACCAGCUGCAGCCUCCAAUAUUCCACUCGCAGAACACCAUGGGUGUAUUACAGAGCUCUUCAGUUCCUCAAGACCAGCAGUCUGCCAACAUGUUCCUCUCCCAGAGUUCAAUGAGCAACCCUGCAACUCAGGAAGAACAGAUGUCGUUCUUUACAAGCCCGAAUUCCAUUUCUCCUCUGCAGACAGCAACAAACACUGAACAGCAGACUUCUUUCCAGCAACAGACACAGAUAUCUCAUAUCCAGAGUUCUAUGCUUCCCCAAGAACAGCCCCAGACUCAGCCUGCUCAGCAAGGUUUGUUUCAGUCUCAAGUGUCAUUAGGCUCCAUCCAGUCCAGUUCAAUUCCCCAGAACCAACAAGGAGCUAUCUUCCAGCCUCAGCAUUCGAUAGUUGCUAUUCAGAGUAGUCCUCCGUCUCAAGAACAGCAGCAGCAGCAGCAGCAGAACAUGAUGUUCAGUAAUCAAAACGCGAUGAGUACGAUUGCUUCUCAAAAGCAGAACAUGAUUUUCAAUCCAAAUCAAAACCCAGUUACCAAUCAGGAGCAGCAAGGCCAGUCCAUUUUUCACCCACAGACUAACAUGGCAUCGAUGAACCAGGAGCAGCAGCCCAUGCAAUUCCAGAGUCAGACUACAGUGUCUUCUCUUCAGAAUCCUGGAUCCAAUCAGGCUGAAGCGCAGCAGCCAGCCAUCUUCCAUAACUCACCCCAGAUUCAGCUGGUCCAAGGAUCACCAAGUUCUCAAGAGCAACAAGUCACCCUCUUCAUCUCUUCAGCUUCCAUGUCUGCCUUGCAGAAUAGUAUGAGCCAGCAAGAGCUGCAGCAGUCUCCGAUGUACUCUUCUCAAAACAGCAUGGCAGUAAUGCAAGGGACCGCUUCUCCUCCGCAGCAGCAAGCUGCUUUGUUUCACAACACAGCAGGAGGUGCUAUCAGCCAGCUGCAGAAUUCUCCUGCCUCCUCUCAGCAGACAUCAGGAAUAUUCCUGUUUGGCAUUCAGAACAACUGUGGGCAGCUGCUGACUUCUGGGCCAGCGACGUUGCCAGAUGAGCUGAUGGCCAUAAGUCAGCCGGGUCAGCCACAGAACGAGGGGCAAGCAGCAGUGCCAGCGCUUCUGUCCCAGCAGAUACCGGAGACUCCUCCGCUACCUGCAGCUAUGGCAGCCAAUCAGAACAUUGAGAAAAUAGAUGAUCUGCUUGUGUCCUUGCAAAACCAGGGGAACAACAUGGCCGGCUCGUUUUGAUCAGUCAAAAACUCUGUGAAGAAAAAAAGUGAUGGUUUCCCAGAUCCUCUCAGACCUUCCGACUCUG